AAAAAAAUUAAAAAACCAACCCCCUCCCAAACCAAUCCCUCUCAAAAACUCUGAACUUUUUUGUGUACAUUAUCGUUUCAAUACCUCUGAAAAUUUCAUACGCGGUCAUUGCACUUCACAGACUUUCAAAUUGUUGUCAAGGUUAAGAAAUGCCGGACGUUGAGGGCCUUGUGAAUGAAUUCGUUGUAAAGCUUGAAAACCGUAAGGUAGAGGGAUCUUAUGCCACUGCUCGAUUAACGGCAGAGUUGCUUCGUUCAGUGAUUUCGCAGCAGAGGGUUCCAUCUACAAACCAGGCUGCCACACUCAUUGAGGCAGUGAGGGUUGUAGGAGACAAAUUAACUGCCGCAAACCCUGUUGAGCUUGCUGUUGGGAAUAUUGUGAGGCGUGUUCUGCAUAUUAUAAGGGAGGAGGAACUUUUGCUUUUGACAAAGGACGUUGGAGGUUUAAAGUUAAUAGUUGGUAGUGAUGAUGAAGACACUGCUGAAGGAGAUUAUAACCAUGUUGCAUCUGCAGCUGCCGUUGCUGCUUCUAGAAACUCUCUGCUUCGACCUUCAUUGCAUACUCUUCUGGAGAACAUUCAAAACUCAACAUUAGCUUGCCAGAAUUCUUCUGGGGGUGAUUCUGAAGAAAAAAGCAAAUCUGAUAAAAAUUCGAGCCGCCGAAAAGUAAAGCACAAUGUCAUCGAGGCAGUUAAUAUACUAAUUGAAGAUAUUGAUGCUUGCCAUGAACUAAUUGCCGAGCAAGCAGUGGAGCAUAUUCAUCAGAAUGAGGUAAUAUUAACCUUAGGUCAUUCUAAGACCGUGUUGGAAUUCCUAUCUGCUGCAAAGGAGAAAAAACGAUCAUUUCGGGUUGUUGCUGCUGAGGGUGCUCCAAGGUACCAAGGGCAUGUUCUUGCAAAAGAGUUGGUCAAAAGGGGUGUGCAGAGUACUGUAGUUACCGAUUCUGCAGUGUUUGCCAUGAUUUCUCGAGUAAACAUGGUGAUAGUUGGUGUUCAUGCUGUGAUGGCCAAUGGUGGGGUCAUAGCACCUGUUGGGAUGAGGAUGGUUGCACUUGCUGCUCGCAAUUAUGCUGUUCCGUUAGUUGUGGUUGCCGGAACCCACAAGUUGUGUCCCUUGUACCCACACAAUCCAGAGGUCUUGCUGAAUGACAUGAGAUGCCCAUCUGAACUGGUCGAUUUUGGCGAAUUCUCCAAUUGCAUGGAUUUUGGAAUUGACAGUGGUGCUCCUCUUCUUCACAUCGUCAAUCCCGCAUUCGAUUAUGUUCCUCCAGAGCUCAUCAGUCUUUUCAUCACUGACAUAGGCGGACAUAACCCAUCAUAUAUUCAUCGGCUCAUUGCUGAUUACUACUCUGCUGAUGAUUUGGUGUUAUAACAGGAGUCUAUGAAUUAAAGGUGAAUUUCUUACUCAUAUGCUGACUUUUAUUGGACUAGUUUAUGCUUUUGAUUUCAUUUUUAGAUUCGGAAUCAAAGUGAAUUUUUGUUAAUUACUUUUCAUCUGUUCCUUAAACAUUGUAAUUAACUAGAAAUUGAGUCUUUUUGUGCAUGGAAUGAAAGAAAUACUAUUGACGAAACAAUUUUUAGUAAA